UCCUCAGCCUGCAAGCACAGAUUGCUUCCUCAAUGCAGUCGACAUGAAUUUUCUGACGGUGCUCUGUCUAACGGCUGUCGCGGCCAGUUGCUCCGGCCAGGUGCCUACCUUGCCCGGCAUCUUCGGCGCCUUCCCCGGUCUCUACCACGGCCUGUUCUCCAAACACCCGAGCUUCCUUCGGUACGGCCACGCGCGCUCCUCGCCCGGCAUCUGGCAGACGUUCAUACAGUCUGCGCCGAAAGGGACUGUCGCCCACCAUGCCGCCGUCGCUGCGCCUGUCACUCUGCAAAACCACGUGCCGGCUCAGGUCACACUCAAUCAUGUGCCGUCCUUACCUGUGUACUUCAACUCGCUGGCAAGCAACCAAUUUCUGUUUCAGUCGCCAGCCCAAACACCUGUCACGCUGAAGCUGGCUGUUCCCACGUCUGCCGGCGCUGCGGGCUUUGGGCCCAUCGUGCUUCAGGCUACGUCUGGCAGUCUCAAGGUCGGAGAUCCCCAAAUUGUCCACAGCCUGACACCUACACCUAUCAGUGUUGCACCUAUUGCACCUGUCGUUUAUAAGGCAGAAACACCUGACGAAGUCAAGGACGAAGAUACAAACACUGUUAGCUUCAAGACUUCCGUUCCUGCAACUUUUCAGGCCGUGGGUCCAGCGCCCGUCACUUAUAGUCUAGCAGCGCCCACACCUGUCAAUAUCGAGGGUACAGUCCCAGGCCCUAUUAUUCAAGCCGUACCUUCGGCACCUGCCCCUCUCACUGUAGCCGCUGGCGCACCUGCUCCUCUCGCUGUAGCUGCGCCUGUCCCUCUUACUGUAGCAGCUGCUGCACCUGCCCAGGUUAGUGUUGCAGCUGCGGCACCAGCUGCUGUCCCUGUGGCAGCUGCUGCGCCUGUCACCCUAAAUGCAGCGCCUGCAGUCGCAGUCCCCGGGGUGCAGUCCCAGUACCAUGCCCAGGACGAGCUCGGCCAGUACUCCUUUGGCUACUACAACAGCCAGUCCUCUCGUGCUGAGACCCGCGACGCGACCGGGACCGUGCGAGGUGCCUUCAGCUACGUGGACCCGAACGGCCAGGUCCAGACCCAACACUACGUGGCCGACUCGAACGGCUUCCGCGUGGCCGGCACCAACCUGCCCGUAGGACCCGGCACUCCAGUGGUCGGAAGGCACCCGCACCUCAACCCAGGCACACCCCUCGUAUACAGUACCCUACCAUACACCGCCGGCGCAACCGCUGUCGGCGGAACACUGCAUGUGAGUCCCGGUUCCCCCCUGGUUUAUAGCAACCUCCCUGUGGGUUUUGCCUCUCCUGUCGUCACCACUAACAGUGACGUUGACGACGAUAAUGUCGACGAGUAGUCGCAGGUCGGGAUCUGGAUUUGACGGAGUGCAAUCGUAGGGUUAGGUACUAAUAUUGUGAUACGACUUGGGGACUUACCGUGCACUCAGUAAUCGCUGGCUUAAUGUAGUGUAGUCCGUCUGGUUGCUGUAGACAAACCCAAAGUGUGCUACUUUGCUGUGAUUUUUGAUGAAUAAAUAAUUCCUCUUG